AUGGCGUGGGCGGCGGCGUUCCAGGGCGCGGCGAGCGGAGGGCGAGCUCGGUUUGGGGUGGAGCGGAGAGGGGAGGAGCGGGAACGCGGGGUGGCAAGGCAAAAUGGGGAGAAGAGGGCUGCAGAGGGGAGCUCGGUGGGGGAGGAGUUAAGGGCGGGCGCACUGGCGUGGGCGGCGGCUUGUCGCGUCGUCGUCGUCGCGGAGUGCUGGCACUCGAGCAUGGCACAAGAUGCGGUCCUGGAGGGGGACGUGGAAACUGAGAACAACUCUAUUUCCAAGUCGGGGGUGGAGAAGCCCCCGAACACUCCUGACAUGAGUGCUCAUGAUGCAGAGGCAAUGGUUGACUCCAUGCUUAUGGACUCUCCAUUGCCGAACUUGGAAAGAGUCAAUGAGGAAAUCCCAAAAGGUGACGGAAGCGGCAAGCUUCCAGAAGGAGGAGAAGGCAAGAAGCUUCCUGAGGGAGGCAAUGAUAAACAGCCUGCGGAGACCCCUACAGAUUCCCAAGUCACAAGGAAUAAUAUAGAAAGGACAGAAGAUGUGCCCAAAAGGGCUGUGGCUGAUGUGCUGGCGAGUACUUCCCAGGUCACAUCGGGAAGUGUCUUGCCACGAGAAAAGGUGGACCUUGCUGUCAAGCUGCUGGAGGGUGUCCAGUCCUCGGAUGAGACAGAACUGAAUGCUCUCAAGGAGAGGGUUAAGACGAUCUCAUCUAAGAAGACUGCUCUCGAGGGAAAGCUGAAGAAGCUCUCCCAGUCAAAGAAAGAUGAAAUAGAGAAGCUUAAGAAGAUUAAGGAGGACUCUGAUUGGGAGGCGGCAUCGACUCUGCAACAGCUCAAGACCCUAUCGCAGUCACGAGACUCGAUGCAUCGAGAACUCGUAGGCUUGAGGAAAGUCAGGGAUGCCGCCCUGGAGGUAGCCGAGGCCAUGGACAUCCCAGAAAGGGACGGAGAUGAACUGCUCACGCUGGCGGGGAGACUUCGCAAAGUCCCAGGGGCCUUUGAGAGGUAUGUCUCCACCAUCACCCGAAAGUAUGUGGGUCAUGUACUCGGGCAGGUGAAGACUUACAGGCCAUCUACUCACCUGGACGCGCUUGGGCAAGGAGCUCGGGCUGACUGUACGGAUGAUCAAUUCCAUCAGUAUUUGGUGAAGACUUCCAGGGUGGCUGACCAGAUUGUAGAGUCCUUGAACAAGGCCGAGUCUCCUUGA